GAGAGUAGCGGAGACGGCCACAUCGGCAGGAGGGGCCUGGCCGCUGUCGCCAUGGGGACGCCGCCUGCUCCUCGCCCGCGCUAAUUGCCGCCUCGUCAAGGAGUGUUCGGCCUUCUCGUUACCGCCUCGUUACCUCCUCGUGACCGCCACUGGAGUCUCGCCAGCAGCGGCAACAUUCCCAGGUUGACGGCGCGUGGGGGGACCGCGGCGGCGACAAGAGGAGCGGAGUUUUUGAGAACGUCGAGAGUGACGUGUGUCUUGUUGAAGAACAACCCUCUCAGCACUGCGACCCUGAGCUGACCAGCGCUGCCCGAUGGUGAUGAAGACGGUGAUGAUGAUGGCACCGGUGGCAGCGGCGUGAUGAUAUGAUAGCCGUGUACAGGGAUUGGGGGGGGGAGCAGUGAGAGGGUGGAGCAGUGAGAGGGGGGAGCAGGGCGGGGGGCUCGGCGAUGUUUGCGAAACUGAAGAAGAAGAUUUCGGAGGAGGAGGGAGGAGGGGCCGUGCGGGGCCUCCCUGGACCGGGCCUUGCCGGGCGACUCCCGCGCACACUCAGCCGCGAGUCCCUCGCCUCCACCGGCGCCGACUCCGGGGACGACGCGUCUCUGGAUGGCAGCGCCUCCAGGGAGGAGCUGCUGGUGCUGCUGUCGCGCCGCACUGACCAAAUCCGCAAGCUCGAGGCCAAACUCGGAGAGUGUGCGGAGCAGCUGAGGAACACAGCGCGGCUCAAGGAGAAGCUCGAGGCAGCGCUGGAGCGCCAGCAAGACUCCUCCAUGAGGAAGAUGCAGGAGCUGAAUGAGUCCUACCAGGCCAAGCGCUCCAAGAUGGCGGAGAACGCUACUCUUGCUCUUGAGAAGAACAACAAGGAGUGGACGGAGAAGCUUGCGGCGAUGGAAAAGGAGAGGCGGGAGCUGGCGCUGCGCCUGGCCGAGUUUGAGGAGCGCAGCGCUGACUUCUUCCAGCGGCGUGACGAGCGCGAUGAGCUCACGGAGCUGCAGCAGCAGGAGACCGCCAAGGUCAAGCACAUGCUGCUGCGCAAGGAGGAGGAGAGCCGCUGUCUGGGCGAGGAGGUGGCGAGCACCAGGCAGGAGGUCGCCGCCCUCCAGGCUCGGCUCGAGCGGGCGCAAGAGGAGCUGGCAGCGCUCCGGGCCAACGGCGCCGCACUCAAGAGCGACAACUCGUACCUGCGGCGGGAGCUGGAGGAGGAGCGCCAGCGAGGGGAGCAGCAGGAGAGCGCGCUCUCCCUACAAAACCAGCGGCUCUCCCACGAGCUGGCGCAGGCCCGCCUUGCGCUGCAGGAGCUACAGGAGGAGCACAAGGCCCUGCGAGUGGAGACAGAGUCCCUGGGGCAGCAGGCGCAGCAGGCUGCCAGGGAGACGGAGCAGCGCUGCGCCAUGAUUGGUCGGCUCACGGAGAAGGCGACGUCGCUGGAGAGGAGGAUUGCGGGAGACCUGACAAUGGACCAACACACACAGGAGCUCCUCCUCGAGCGGGCACGGCUGGAGGAGCGCCUGGAGGAGCUCUCCACUCGCCUCUCCGAGUCACAGGCCGUCGCCACGGCAACCGCAUCUGGCUUGGAGCAGCAGGUGAGGGAGUUGCGAGACCGUGCGCGGGAGCUGGAGGCGGCGGCGCAGGCGAAGGAGGAGCAGCGCGUGGGGAAGACGCGAGCUCGCGACGAGGAGCUGCGCCGCCUGCGCGAGGAUCUCACCGCCACCAGGGAGGAGCUGACGCGUGCACAGAGGGUGGCGACGACGCGGGAGAGCGAGCGAGACCAAGCGCGUGCAGAGGGGGAGGCCGAGCGGCGGCGCCUGCAGCAGCAGUGGGCGGCGUCUCGCCAGCAGCUGGGGGAGCGUGUGGCGGCGCUGGACACGCAGCUCGCGGCGCUGGAGACGGCGCGCGACUUCGACCGCACGGCCAGCCAGCACAGCCUGGGGCAGCUGCAGGCGGAGGGCGAGGAGCUGAGGGAGCGAGUGGCUGAGCAGGAGGCCACGGCACGCACCCUGGAGGAGGAGCUCCACAGCACCCAGGCCGAGCUCACAGCUCAGAGGGCAGCACUCGCCCAGUCGAUCUCUGACCUGGAGAUGACACGGAGAUGUGGGGAUACACUACAGAAACAGCUGUGUGAGCUGCAGGAGGCAUUGGCGCUGGCGGAGGGGAGGCUGGCGGAGGCUCGGGAGCGCUGCUCCUCCGCAGAGGCUCGGAGCUACGUGCUCGAGCAAGAGCUGCGCGCCAGCGAGGCGCUGGCGGAGGAGAGGCAGCGUGCCAGCGAAGAGGAGGUGGAGGAAGGGGAGGCAGCGCAGCCAGCGCAGGCAGGGACCGUGGGAACACAUGGGGCACGCAACGGGACCCGGGAGGGGCCGGGGGGCGGCAGCGACGAUGGUGGCGACGAUGGCACCACUGGCGCCGCCGUAAUUACGGCCGCUGCCGUUGCCCGCACCGCUGAGGAGGAGGGGGCCAACUCGGCGCUGAGAAUGGAACUGGCGGAGAAGCACAAGACCAUCAAGCAGUUGCAGCAGCGGCUGGCGGAGCUCAAGAAGACUCUGCAGAGAGAGCUGCGCCUGAGAGUGGAGGGGUCCGAUUCUGGGAAUGCGGCGUCAGGAGCGGUGGAUGGAAGGGAGCGACCGUUUGGGGCCUCCCACUCCUCGAUGGCCCCCCACGAGCCUCCGGAUUGGUUGAGGGGGGGCGGAGGGGCGGUGUUUGGGCCGUACGUGACGGGCGUUGCCGGCGAGCCGCCGCGCGUCAACCUGCAGUACCUGAAGCACGUGGUGCUCAAGUUCGUGUCGGCUCGUGAGGCGGAGGCGUUCCACCUCGUUCGGGCCAUCUCUGUACUGCUGCACCUCUCCUCUGAGGAGGAGCGCCUCUUGAAGGAGACGCUGGAGUACAAGAUGUCGUGGUUUGGAACGCGGCCAGCCCCGCAGGGCGCCGUGCGCCCCUCCAUCACCGGCAGCGGCCUGCCCUGGCAGUGACGGCCUGCGCUCUGCUUUUGCGUGGCUGCCGCGGCCUCCUAAUGCCGGGGAGAGAGAGAGAGCAUUCCUCGCUGUAGUAUUUAAAAAACAAAAUUCCGCUGUGGAGGUUGGCUCGCGGAUGUGGAACCACGGACUCGCGCAGGUCACUUCCUGCCCCCGCCGCAAGGAAUUCUGGGACAUGGGCUGCCCCGCCCCAUUCCCACCCCAGAUCAGGUUGUCGUCGUUGGUUGUAGCGCAUCGCCACGGGGCGCCAAAGCUCCCCUGCAGAGGGCCGCACGGUGGCGCCAGCAGCGCCACGCGUCGCACCCGGCCACGAUGAUGAUGAUGCUGGCUCCCCACGAUUGCGCUUUACUGGCAAACGGUCGUAGCGUCCUCGACACCAACCAACCACUCCACUGCAGCUGUAGCAGCAGCGGCAGCCCAUGGAGCAGAGAGGUGGGGUGUCCGACUCCAUCUGGCCCUGCCAAGUGCGACGUGUGGCCGGGUGUGAUGUGUGGCAGUGUGUGGCAACGUGGCCGGGUGUGACACGUGGCUGGGUGAGAUUGACUGGCUGAGUGGGUGACUCGCCACAUCAAUAACACUGGUGUGUGUGUGGCCUUAAAAGUAAAAAUAUGUAAUAGGCGACAUUUCGGUCAAUGGCCCUUUCUCAUAGCAUGUGAAAGAUGUGUGCGUUAAAAAUAAGUAAUUCUCAUCAGGCCUCAGGGUGUAAACUGCACUGUCCAACGCUUAUCCACUCUUUCUCUUUGGCUUCUCUGUUUAUGUGCCAUGAAGAAAGGCCAUGGCCCGAAACGUCGUUCAUUAUAUAUUUUCUUUUAAUCCCGCAGUGUUAUUGACGAACGCGUUGAGUUUUACUUUUUGGUUACUUGUGCACCACUGCCAAUGCAGCAUCACCAAAUGAUUGGAGUGACUGAGUGAGUGACCGAGUGAGUGACCGAGUGAGUGACUGACCGCUAUGAUUGUCUAGAGAAAAAUCUGUUACUCCAUUCCAUUGUACGCACGUACAUUACGUUGAACUUCUUUUGCACCAUACGUAGCCAACCUUGCUCGUCGGAGGCGCCCACCAAGUUGGCACGGUCGCCCCACGGUCGACUCGUCGCCACUGGCGAUGGCCACCUCCCGCACCAUCCGGCGGAUCGUGGCGAUGGCCGGGAACGUCGAGACAACCGGUGGUGGUGGUGAAGUCAGGGGGUCGGUGGGGAUCAAGAAGUCGCCACGUGACACCCCCGCGUCGACGGAUCGACCCGGCGCGCCCCGCGGGGCCGAGACCAUCAAUCUGCUCGGCGCCGGUUCCGUGCCGCGUGUGAAGGGAUCCCCUGCAGCUGCAGCAGAAGCUGCAGCAGCAGCAGCAGUAGCUGCUGCAGCAGCAGCUGCAGCAGCAGCAGCUGCAGCAGCAGCAGCAGCUGCAGCAGCAGCUGCAGCAGCAGCUGCAGCAGCAGCUGCAGCAGCAGCUGCAGCAGCAGCUGCAGCAGCAGCUGCAGCAGCAGCUGCAGCAGCAGCUGCAGCAGCAGCUGCAGCAGCAGCUGCCACUAGAGGUGCUGUAACGCAAUCGAAUCGGACAUCCGACGAGAUCACCAAUCGGUCCGUGUGGGUGGAAAAAAGUAGGGGUGGCGUUGCCUGUCGUAGGGGCGUGUCUCUGCCCAUCUAUGGGCUUGUUGAGCGUGAAUCGAGGUCAGUCUGGUUAAUCCGACGGCGACGGUAAGAGUAUCAAUUCGUCGAACGUUAAUCGCCGCGUCGAUUCAUUGUCAAGCGUCGUGUGAAACGCCCCCUCAGCUGCGCGAUCGGUGAUUAGUUUGAAAGUCCGUUUUUUCUUUUAUCGCUCAUCACAGCGCCACGGCGUAAGAUGCAAUCAACCGUCGCUCGGUGGCGGAGGGGCGUGCAUCGUCGAAGGUGUCGAGUGAUUUCCACACUGGAAUAUUUUCGGGGUUGCUGCUCGACUGGGCUAGGUGGCACGUGACCCUGCAAGAGUGGUGGCCACAGCUCGUUGCGAGGGGUAUCCUGAAUGUGGUGUGGGGGGGGGGUGUCGGGGAGUGUUGAUUUUGUUAAGAGAAAAUAUAUUCCGUCAACAGUGUUUAUUUGAUGAGAGUCAACGAUGACAAUGAGUGGAUGAAGAUGGUUACUACUGCCCAAUAUCACCAUCAUCACUACUAUAAUAGAGGGUUUUUUUGGGGUUAGAUCGCGUAAGUAUAUAAAUGUGUCGUUAGAACCCGCCACCACCCGACACAGACAACUGGUAAGGGUUGUCUCGGAAAUAGAACGUGGCCAAUUCGUCACAAGUACAGCACUAGUGUAUAGUGUAGUGUAUAGUGUAGUGUACUAGUACAGCACUGACCGGUGUGUUGGAGAGCCAAGCCACAACAUUUACAAUCUGAGUACGACGUUUCGCCAGUAAUUACAACCAGCUUCAUCAGGCGACAGCCAGACUUGUGGAGAAGUCUAACUGCAAGAGUGCAGAAGAGUGGUCACCACAUCUACGCCUCUCUAUAUAAGGAGCGAAACAAGAAGACUUCUCCACAAAUCUGGCUGUCGCCUGAUGAAGCCAGUUGUGGCUUGGCUCUCCAACACACAACCGGUUAGUGCUGUACUAGUGUACUGCACUAUACACUACACUAUACACUACUAUACACUACACUACUAUACACUACACUACUAUACACUACACUAUACACUACACUACUAUACACUACACUAUAUACUACACUAUAUACUAGUGCUGUACUAGUGUACUGCACUAUACACUACACUAUACACUACUAUACACUACACUACUAUACACUACACUAUACACUAGUGCUGUACUAGUAUACUACACCAUACACUACACUACUAUACAUUAUACACUGGUGCUGUACUAGUGACGAAUUGGCACGUUCUGUUUACGUGACAACCCUCACUAGUUGGCUGUGUCGGGUGGUGGUGGGUUCUAACGACCAUUAUGGAUAUUGGUCGCGAAAGCCGACGUGUUAAACUGAUCAUCACUUCUAUCACCACCACCAUCAAUACUACCACUACUAUCACCACCACCAUCACCACCAUCAAUACUACCACUACUAUCACCACCACCAUCAAUACUACCACUACUAUCACCACCAUCAUCACCACCACCACCGCGUGUAGCUACAACCCGAUGGGUCUGAGUGAGACCGGGGCUCACCGAGUGGCCGAGUUGGUAGCACUGUGGGCUGGGGGGUUGUGGUGUUUAGGCGAAGAGCGGCUGCUUGAGAGCCACUGGAGCACCUGCUCGACGAGACGAAUCCCGGCUCCAUCAACGUUGCCACCGGUUACCGUUGCCACCGGUUACCGCUGCCACCGGUUACCGUUGCCACCGGUUACCGUUGCCACCGGUUACCGUUGCCACCGGUUACCGUUGCGCGGCUCGCUGCUGCGAUGUCCGCAGCGUCUCGGCAGGACGACUUUGAGAGGCGGUCGAUGCUCAAAGUCGAGUCCGUCUCUUCACAACGAGUUUCAGAGACGUCUGCGUGCAAGCGACUCGGUUGCGUGCAAUGGAUUGCACGGGUUGCGCUUUGUCAAGCAAUCGCAACGCUUGACUUUGUUCACCCUGCUUGUGGCGCAAAGGGUAAAUCUGGGCCCAAGUGGCAGCGCAUUUGCCGCUUGUUGCAGAGGUUCCGAUCCGGCAGGUCGUCCUGGUCACUCCUGUGGCUUCUGCUUCACGGCGGAUGUGAAAGAUCCCCCGUGACGUCAUUCUACACGAGUCGUGUGCCAGCAGCUGCAACAUCACCCACCUCCCCCCCCCCCGUUACUGUCAAAUCACCGCAGGCCGCGUCUGAAACACAGCGGUGGGUGGUGGCAGAGGUGGGACAAAGUCAUUGUUAUGCAAGUCCAAGUCGAGUCUGAAGUCAUCAAAUUCAUGACUCGAGUCCAAGUCACAUGACUCGAGUCCAAGUCACAUGACUCGAGUCCACACCUCUGGGUGGUGGCACCUUCCUUGGCAAUGGUCGCCUUGGGCAAUCGGAACGACGGCGCCAGUACCGGACGUGCUCCAUUAUUGACCAGGCGACGUCUUCAAUAAGCUCCCAGUUGUUGACCCCAUUAGCUCUGGCGUCGGGUGAAUCGGCACGUGACGAUCGCGGCUCGAGGGGCGUUUUGCACUCCGGCGAAGAAGCUCUUCUCCUCUGCUGCAUCCUCAAGGACAGCAUCACCAUGGUUACACUGCAGUCACCAUGGUUACACUGCAGUCACCAUGGUUACACUGCAGUCACCAUGGUUACACUGCAGUCACCAUGGUUACACUGGUUACUGCCGUCGAGCGAGAGGCGACGACUGCCUCGAGUGCGACAUCGCACUGGGGGUUGAGCGUGUGAGUUGGUGUGUGAGUUUGUGUGUAAGUGAGUUGAUUGUGUGUGCAGGGGCUAGCGCACUGCACUACUCAACUGGCGUUCCGGGCUCGAUUCCUGCUCGCAGACACUUUAGGUGAUUAUCUACACCGGAUCCUGGGCUUCCCCUAAGUCGACUCAGCCUUAAAUGAGAGCCUGGUGGGUGCCGUGUGCAAACAUCAGCAUUGGGGAGACAAAGGUGGCUGGGCAUGGUCCUGGCCACCACCCCCUCAGUGCGCCUUGCCGUCCUUCAUCGGUGGCACUUGCUCCAGUAGCCUGUGUAGGCUAUAUGGGGGACCUUUGUGUUCAUGGGUACAGUUCUGGGGAAAAACAAAAACUACUUGUUGGUUUGCUCUCCCUGUCGGCUCCUGAAACUAACUUAUUCUGAUCACCGCUGUGCUUCUAAGCCCUGGGAAUAAAAGAUCUGCAACCCUCGCACGUGUGUGCUACCA